AUGGGUGCAUCGGAAAGUUCUGCGCCACCAGAUCAUGCAACGGUGGACAGAGUCGUCAAGAUGGCAACGAAGGAUGCAGUGGAGAAAGCCACCGUCAAUCAGCUUUGGGACAAAUGGGAGAAGGAUGCAGAAUCCAAAGGGGAAGCAUUGCCUGACUAUGUUCCUCUGUGGUGGCCAUGGACUCGAUUCUGGUAUGGGCGAACACGGCCUCCACGCUGGGUCGAGGGUGCGACAAUCGUCCACGAGGAUGAAUCAGGCCAGCUGUGGGAGACGCACGUGGACGUCAGGCUCCACGAAGGACGCCGGAGUUUCGUCCACAACUGGACACGGAAGAAGGUGAGAUCUGUUUGCUGA